CGUCGUUUCAGUUCUCAUUCCGUUGCCGCCAAAAGCGCGCGCAAAUCGCAAAACAUGGCGCGUAAACUUCUCUUACGUCAAUUCAAACAGCUGCGGUCCCUAAGAAGAUUUACAACGAGUGUAAAUCUUAAAAAUCACGAGCAAUAUGUUAUUAAAUCGCCAUUAGAAGAUGUUAUAGUUCCUGACAUGAGAUUUUUAGACCGUCUAUGGCUGGAAUCUCCGAGUUUUGUCAAUCAUGUUGCAAUUGAAUGCGCGGAAUCAAAGAAAAGUUACACGUAUCUACAGCUGCAGAAGAACAUGGCAGUGUUCGCUACAUCACUAAGGAAGAAACUGGGCUUGAACCCGGGAGAUGUAGUCGCUGUGAUGCUGCCCAAUUGUCCAGAAUUCCCAAUCGUCGCGUUUGGCGCUUUGCAAGCUGGAUGUGUUGUGACUCCUAUAAAUCCUAUUUAUAAAGAACUUGAAGUAUCUCAUCAAGUAUCAACAACUGGACCAAAAGUAUUCGUCACUAUACCGCCCUGUUAUGAGACAGUCGUGAAAGGCCUUCAAAAUGCGAAGAUAGAUGCAAAAAUUGUUGUCAUUGAUAAUCCAGCGGCCCCAGUACCAGAAGGUGCGAUUCGGUACUCAGAAAUAUCAGAAUCUGGAGAAGCUGAUUAUAAUCUUUUAGAUAAAGUAGAAAAGAAGAAAGACGAUGUAGCGUUUAUACCUUUCUCAAGUGGUACUACAGGAUUGCCUAAAGGCGUGGAAAUAACGUACGGAAAUCUUUUAGCUGCUGUUUCGAUUAUGCAAAAUGAAAAGAACUCUUAUCCGAAACUCACUCAAGGUGACUUCCAGGACGUCGUGCCUUGUAUUUUACCAUUUUUCCACAUUUACGGUCUCGUGGUAGCAUUAAUCGGACAUUUGGCGAAGGGGUGCAAAUUGAUAUCGUUACCAAAAUUCUCAGCGAGCUUGUAUCUUGAUGUGUUGGAUAAGCAAAAGCCAACAUUAUUGUACGUUGUGCCACCAAUCGCGAUUCUACUUGGCAAGCAUCCGGACGUAAAAGCGGAACAUUUUGAGAGAGUAAGAAACGUCAUAUGCGGGGCAGCGCCAUUAGCCGAUUCUGAUGUUCACGCCAUUUUAGAGAAGUGUAAACGUAAGUUGGAAUUUAAUCAAGGCUUUGGUGCCACGGAGACAACAUCAUUGGCGACAUCAACACCGAUGGGCUCAACAAUCCUGGAUUAUUCUGCAUGUGGUGUGCCCAUGGCCAAUGUUCAACUAAAGUUUGUUGAUCCACUCACUGGUAAUCCUGUUCCUAUUGGAGAGCAAGGAGAACUAUAUGUGAAAAGCCCAACUGUAAUGAAAGGCUAUCACAAGAACGAGAAAGCAACCAAAGAAUCAUUAACUGACGAUGGUUACUUUAAAACUGGGGACUUAGGAUAUUACAAACCAGAAACUGGACUUUACAUAACUGACAGGAUAAAGGAGCUAAUUAAGGUAAAAGGAAUGCAAGUAGCACCAGCAGAAUUAGAAAGUAUUCUUCGUUCUCAUCCUGCAGUACAAGAUGCGGCUGUUAUAGGAAUUCCUCAUGAAAUAUACGGUGAAGUUCCUAAAGCUUUUGUUAUUCGCAAAAAUGGUAAAGAAACGUCAGCUGAAGAACUACAAAGCUUCGUAGCUGAUAGAGUAGCUGUAUUCAAGAAGAUAGAAGAAGUUACAUUUGUUAAUGACAUACCUAAAACAACAACGGGGAAAAUAUUGAGGAAAGACUUGAAGAAAAUGUAUGCUUAGUAUAAACAUGUGAUUUAUGGCUGUGAUGUUUUUAACUGUAGAAUUAGACUGUCAUGUCAUUUGUAUUUAAGCAUAUUGCUGUCCCAGUUUUGUCAAUUAAAUAGGAUAGGAUGUCAAUAUGUAUCAAUACAAGAGUCAUAGCAAUGGACAUUUUCGUUCAAAGUUACAAAAUUGUUAAAAUUUACAU